CCAACACCGGAACAGUAAUGUAAACAGAUGUAUUUAUUGUUUUUUUAAUGACAAUAUCUUAACAAGUAUGACACGAGACAGCACAGCGCAGACCUGACUCGGAUGGUAUGGAUUGUCUGUAAUGUUUUCAGUCGCUGAAACACGCAUGCGUGAAGACAGGCAUCCAUGUGCCACCAUGGAGAGGAGAAAAUAACCCCCAAAAGAAGACGUUGCAUUGCUGAGGAAUCUUCAGUCUGUAACUCUGACUGAGGAUCGGCACAUCCGGAAAGAGUCCCGGAGAGAGUCAGAGGGGGCGAGAGGCUUGGAGGAAGAGGGUGCUGCUCAGGAUGGCGUUCCUUGACAACCCCAGCAUCAUCCUGGCCCACAUCCGGCAGUCCCACGUGACCAGCGAUGACACGGGGAUGUGCGAGAUGGUCCUCAUCGACCACGAUGUGGAUCUGGAGAAGUUCAACUCAUCUGCGGCGUCUUGUGGAGGCGGGUCGUCUGGAGGCUCGUUUGGCGACGGCAGCAGUGGAGGAGACGGGCAGACCUGCGAUCUCUCUCAAUCUGUCGACAUCACCUCCAGUUGGGACUUUGGCAUUCGGCGGCGCUCCAACACAGCUCAAAGACUGGAGCGACUGCGGAAAGAGCGGCAGAACCAGAUCAAGUGUAAAAACAUCCAAUGGAAAGAGAGAAGCUCGUCUCAAUCAGCAGAGGAUUUGGGCUCGUUUUUUGAAAAGAAGGAUUUUAAGGACCGGUCCCGGAGCACAGGCAGUAAAUCGACACUCUCACUACGGUUAGAAAAGUGUCCUCAACAGCUUAACAACCCCUUCAAUGAGUACUCAAAAUUUGAUGGCAAGGGCCAUGUUGGUACAACAGCAACCAAAAAAAUCGACGUCUACCUCUCAAUGCAGUCAACCCAAGAGAAGUUGCACCCCAUGACGGUGGUCACGAUGGCUAACGCUCGGGUCCAUGAUCUCAUCGGGCUCAUCUGCUGGCAGUACACCUGUGAAGGCAGUGAACCCAAGCUCACAGAAAACGUCAACACCUACUGUCUGCACAUUGCUGAGGAUGACGGAGAGGUGGAUACAGACUUCCCUCCUCUCGACUCAAACGAGCCCAUCCACAAGUUUGGCUUCAGCACGCUGGCUCUGGUGGAGAAAUAUUCCUCUCCUGGACCGGGGCCCAAACAGUCACUCUUUGUUCGAAUAAACGCAGCUCAUGGUUUCUCUCUUAUCCCAGUGGACAGCCUAAAAGUGACCAUGAAGGAAAUCCUGCAGAAGGCUCUUAAAAAGAGGAAGGGUUCCCAGAAAGGGUCAGGUCCCAUGUAUCGUCUGGAGAAGCAAACUGAACCGAACGUUGCUGUAGACCUGGACAGCACGCUGGAGAACCAGGGAACGCUGGAGUUCUGCUUGGUCCGAGAAAACAGUUCUAGAGGUGAGGAUAGCUCGGAGGAGGACCCGCCCAUAGACAUCACAACGGUACAGGACAUGUUGAGCAGUCACCACUACAAGUCCUACAAGAUCAGCAUGAUCCAUAAGCUUCGAUUCACCACUGAUGUGCAGCUAGGAAUUUCUGGUGAAAAGGUUGAGAUCGAUCCUGUCACCAAUCAAAAGACGAGUACGAAAUUCUGGAUUCGACAGAAACCGAUCUCCAUUGACUCUGACCUGCUUUGUGCCUGCGACCUGGUGGAGGAGAAGAGUCCAAGUCAUGCAAUAUUUAAGCUCACAUAUCUUAGCAACCACGACUACAAAGCCCUGUACUUCGAAUGUGACGCUGCUACUGUUAACGAGAUUGUGCUCAAGGUGAACUACAUCCUGGAGUCUCGUGCCAGCACUUCAAGGGCGGAUUACUUCGCCCAGAAACAACGCAAACUGAACCGCCGCACUAGCUUCAGUUUCCAGAAAGACAAGAAAUCGGGCCAGUAGCGCUCAUGACCAAACCGAUGAGCAGUCUCCGAACCCACCAGAGAGCGUGACGGUCCUUCGAGAAAAGAGGCAAUGAGAUAGAUGGGAAACAUAAAGGAUGGAGCGAGCAGGAAAAGACUAGGUUAGGAAGGAAGACGAGAUAAAAAGUGAAAGAAGACGAGACAGGUUAAAGGAAAAGUGAGAGGAACCAGAUCAGACAUUUGUCUCCUCUUAAUCGAGUAUUCAGCCUCUGACAGUUAACUUUUAACUGGACUGAUGGUCCUUAAACAUAUCAGAGCUCUUGAGCUCUCUGCUGUCACUCGAAUGUAAUAGACCAGCCAACAAUUGAAUUGAACAGUUCUAUUAACAUUUGACGCGACAGCCAUCGCCCGGAACAUACAGAAGCACAGAAUUCUGGGGCCCAAAUUCGACAACUUCACACGCUGCUGUUUGCGUCACUUAUUUUCAAAGAUUUUUUCCACUGCCUACAUACAAACUGUAAAUAAACGCACCCCAAAAUGAACGCAGAUGGACAUUGGAACCCAUAGAAGCCGGACAGAGCAAGAAAACUGCAUUAGGUAUCCCUAUAUACCUAUAUAUGUAUAACCGCUGUAUCAAAAAUGUUAACUUAAUCUGCAUUGAACACUGACAUGUAAAGGGAUUGCGUUCCUUUUUUAAUGAAAAUGUAAAUGGCGAUUUUCGGGGUGGGUUGACAAACCCUCUUGGCCAUAGUACUUCAGUGCCUGCUACAGAACAAAAGGACAAAUGUUGCAUUCAUCGAGAUUUUUAGCGUCCGCUGGUUUGAGGAAAAGCCUAGAAUUUAAUAUUUGGUUUUUAUACCAACAGAGGGGGGCUGGUAGAUUAAAAAGUAGUUGACCUAAAAAUUAUUUUUUUGUCAUGGUUUGCAUGACUUUCUUUUAUCGUGAAAUACAAAAGGAGAUAUUUAUAGCAGAAUGUCCAAGCGGCUCUUUUCCAUUUUAAGAAAGUGAAUCGUGACCGUCGCUGUCAUGCAAUAUUUAAAGUGAAUACGGCUUAAGUUUCAGUCUGUUCCUCACACAAAGCUAUUGUAUGGCUUUCGAAGACUAGUGCAUAACUACCUUUAUUUACUACCUUGACAGCCCAUGAUCACCGCGCACUUUCGUUAUAUGCAAGAAGAUUCUUUAAAUAUUCUCCUUCUGUGUUACAUGGAUGAAAGUAAAAUUCAUGCGAGUUUGAAAAGACAAGAGGGUGCAUAAAGUAAAUGACAGAAUUUUCAUUUUUGGGUGAGCUAUCCCUUUAAUAAUUGACAGUUUUUUUUGUUUUGUUUUUUACGAUCAAAUAUGAAAUUAAUAAUUGAACAUUUUACUGUGAUGUGUCCUUUUUCCUCUGCAUUAUAUCUUUUGAAUGCAUAUAUUGUAACGAACCAAUCGCUGUCUAUCUUUCCGACAGAUCUUUUGGUUUAUUCUGUCCUCUUGGGCUGCAGUGGGAAUGUAUGACCCUUUUUAACACACUUCUUUAUAAAUGUUUAAGAUGAAUUUAUUAUACUAUCUUCGUUUCGUCUGCGUAUGCAGGGAAAGUCUGCUAACGCACCAAACCUACCUGUGGUAACACUUUACAAUAAGGUUCUGUAUGUUAAUGUAUCAGGUAUCGUUCUCUAACAAUGAGCAACAAUUUUAAUUCAUGAUCAUUUAUUAUUAUAUUGUUGUUCAUAGUUAGUUCAUAAUGAAUUAACUGCUGUAUGGAGCUAAAGAAAUGACAAAAUAUUCAGAAAUUAGAUCAUAUUAAUUCUUGACAUAUGACAUUUAACAAAAUGGAAGAUUUUCGCAUUGUAUUUUAUAAAACAAAAAGUUAAGUAGAAGAUUUUAAAUUUUUAGAGGCUGAAUUAACUGUAAAAAUUGAGAUUAUAGAAUUACAGAUUCACAAAAAAAUACUUUUAAUUUGAAAAGGUGGUUCAAGUAAAUGCUUGACCUUUGGCCAUGUUUGUUUGUUAUUUAUUGGAGUAAUUAAUUUUCUCUUAAUCUGAAAAUUUCAAGCUGCUAUUCUAUAAUCAGACAUUUUACUCCUUUAAAAAAUGAAAAUAAUAAUCUGCUGUUUAAAAAAUAAUAAUAUGAAUGUAUAAAAUACACCGCAAACAUCCUCGCAUAUCUAGAAUUCAAAUAAACAAAUUGUUGUAAAUACUUUUUAAAGUUUUGUCUUUUGUCAUUGUACUAGCUCCAUACAUUUUUUUUACUUUUGUCAUUGUUUUAUUUUUGUCAUUGUUCUAGCUCCAUACUAUUUUGUUUUACUUUUGUCAUUGUUUUAUUUUUGUCAUUGUUCUAGCUCCAUACACAUUUGUUUUACUUUUGUCAUUGUUCUAGCUCCAUACUGAUUUGUUUUACUUUUGUCAUUGUUUUACUUUUGUCAUUUUUCUAGCUCCAUACUAAUUUGUUUUACUUUUGUCAUUGUUUUACUUUUGUCAUUGUUCUAGCUCCAUACUGAUUUGUUUUACUUUUGUCAUUGUUUUACUUUUGUCAUUGUUCUAGCUCCAUACUGAUUUGUUUUAUUUUUGUCAUUGUUCUAGCUCCAUACUAUUUUGUUUUACUUUUGUCAUUGUUUUAUUUUUGUCAUUGUUCUAGCUCCAUACACAUUUGUUUUACUUUUGUCAUUGUUCUAGCUCCAUACUGAUUUGUUUUACUUUUGUCAUUGUUUUACUUUUGUCAUUUUUCUAGCCCCAUACUAAUUUGGUUUACUUUUGUCAUUGUUCUAGCUCCAUAAUUUUUUUUUCUAUUCAGAUGUUAAAAUUGUAUCCGUAUAUGUAGAAAUGAACAUUAACCAUGUUUAAUAAAUAUCGAAUAAGCUUUUGACAUUGUUAGUUCAUGUUAACUAUUCCAGAAAAAAUGUUAUGUAUACAGCCUUAUUGUAAAGUGUUAUUUUACCGUUUUAACCGGUUUCUUUCAAACAUUGGGGGAAACUCUUACACUAUGUACUCCAAAAGCUGCUGUUGUUAAACUUGAUUCAGGGUGUCUGUUCUAUCCAAAACUGUGCUGACUCAGGUUUCCGACUGCCAUUUUGUCUUGACUGAUCUUGUUUUUUGUUUUUUUUACGUCUGUCAAAAGCUGAGAGCGAUGACUGACACUCAGUUCAACUCUGAUUGAUGAAGAAAGUGGGUGAUUGUUGUGUUCCCAUGUCAGGGAGAACCACGGAAUAGACAUUUCAAAUAAAACUUUAUUUAUAAUGUUCUGAUGACCUGGGGGGGUUGUCAUGUGGCCUAAGAAAUCAAUGAUAUUUGCUACAGUACAUGUAUACUGUAAAUAAGUAGAUUUUCUAAUUAAAGA